AUGGAAACAUAUUUCGGUUUCGUUAAAUCUCCCCAAGAUGCUAUUCUAUUAUUUGAAGCUUGCCGGAUAGGUUUCUUAUCCCGUAUCCAACGAAGAUUAAGUGAAAAAGAAAGAUCUUCUAUCCGUUCAGGUUCGGUUUUUGUAUGGGAUGAACGUGAGGCUGGUAUGCGAAGAUGGACUGAUGGUAAAAGUUGGUCUGCAAGCCGUGUCAGUGGAAGUUUCUUAACCUAUAGAGAAUUAGAAUCAAAACGUAAAUCAAAUUCUCGUGGCUCUAAUAACCCUCACGAUCUAUCAAGUGAAGAUACUGACUCGAGUGAAUCUUACCAUUCCGUCACAAAGAAAUCUAUGUCUGCUACUGAACAGUGCAGAUAUAAACAUGGUGGUCUCGUUAAACAAUCCUUCAGCAUAACAACUACUGCUCAUCAAAAACUUCAUUUAAUUUGUUAUUAUACUAAGGCUGAUGUUAUAAAUGAAAAACUUCAAAUUCCAAGUCAUGAUGAAAAACUCAAGAGUAUCGUUAUACCGAAAGGAAUAUCAAUCUCUCCAAAUCCUUAUACUUGGCAAUUACAACAAUCUCACGCUACUGCUCAUCAACAUCGUCAUUCUUCUGAACCUAUGCAAUUUGAUACCCAAUCUGCUUGUUCAACUCCCUCUAUUUCAUCUUCUCCUUCAACAACUGAAGAUGAUUUUCCAAAUUUCUUUGGGAGACAUAAUUAUUUACAACAUCAUGCUAGCGGUAGCACUUCUUCAUUACCUGUCUAUCCUCCUUCAAAUUAUAUUCAACCUCCAUCCGAUAAUCCUUUUGGAAAUGGUUCGCAACCAAUCAACAUUCCUAAUGCAAAUUCAAGAUUCACUUUCCCGGCUCCUCAAUUACCUUACUCCGCUUCCUAUCCUCCACAAUCUUCUCAAAAUAAUGGUUUCCAAUUACCACCACAAGAUAUUCCACGGGAAAAAAUGAUUGAUAGGAAUAAUGAAGAUCAAC